CCUUAAUCUGUGGAGGGUGAAACUAUUUACUGGCAUCUCUGAAUCAACAAAUGGAUAAAGGGAUUUAUUUAAUAUGGAUUAUACUUGUAUGUUUAACAUUUUUAUCACCGGUAUCAACAGCUGCUUCGAUAGAUGAUAUUUGGAAAUUAACAAAUGAAUAUGGAGGUGGUGGAUUUGAAGGAGAGAUUAAUAUUCCAAUGACGAAUUCAGUCAAUUCAUGGGAGGUCACAAUAGAAUUUGACAAACCAGUCAGAAAAUUCAAGGUCUACGAGGCUGAACUCGUCAAAACAUUUGAAAACGAAACCUUAUACAUUGUUGAAAAUGCAAUAUGGAAUGGAUUUCUCGACAGAGGCGACGAUUUGUAUUUCAGAAUUCAGGGAUUCACUGACGAUGUCGCCCCAAAACUAAAAGUAACAUUUCAAGGGAUAGUGUACGAAAUUACACCACCGCCUGAAAGAGUUCCCCCUUUGUCACAAACAGAAAUGAGAAAAAUUAUAAAUACUGACGUCGAUUAUGAGAAGGCAAUCAGAUUGUCGUUGCUAUUCAUUGAAUCACAAAGGUCGGGAUUCUUAUCGGAUGAUAAUCGGAUUCCAUGGAAAAAAAGUUCUGGAUUAUAUGAUGGAGGAUUGGAGGGAGUAAACUUAAUUGGAGGAUAUUACAUUGCUGGAGAUUACGUCAAAUUCAACUUUCCGAUGGCUUUUGCUAUUACGCAACUUGCCUGGGGAGCAUUAGAAUUUCGGGAAGGAUACGAAAAUGCUGGACAAAUGGAAAACCUAAUGGAAGCUGUAAAAUGGGGAACAGAUUAUUUUAUGAAAUGCCAUGUUUCGCCAGAAGAAUAUUAUGGAAUGGUGGGCGAUCCUGACAUUGAUCACAAAUUAUGGGAAAGUUCUCAACGGAUGGAUUGGGAAAGACCUGCAUUUAAAUUAUCACCGGACGAACCAGGAUCUGAUCUUGCAGCUGAAACAGCAGCCGCUUUAGCUGCUGCUUCAAUUUUGUUUGAAAAAGUUGCACCGGAUUAUUCAGCAAAAUUAAUAGGACAUGCUAUAGAACUAUGGCAGUUUGCUGAAGUAUAUAGAGGAAGAUACGAUUUUUUAGUGAUGAAAAAGGCAGAAGAAUUUUAUGGGUCAAGCGGUUACGAUGAUGAAUUAGUGUGGGGAGCUGUGUGGUUGUAUGAGGCAACAAAAGACAAUUUUUAUCUCGAUUUUGUGGAGUCGAACUACGGUCGUUUGUCCCUGGAUACAAAAGAUGGAUUAUCUUAUGACAACAAAAUGAUUGGAAUACAAUUGCUGAUGGCUGACAUAACAGACGAUUAUAGAACGUACAUGCAACCAGUGAAACAAUUUUGUGAUGAGCCUGGCGGAUCUGAUGCCUAUGUUUUGCCGAAUGGAUUACUUUACAAAAAUUUACAGAAUGAACCGGUUGCUUUAUCUUCAAAUGCAGCAUUCGUAUGCACUAUUCUAGCAAGACGAUACAGAGGGUCAGCAGCAGGAGAAAAAUAUCUGAGUUUUGCUAAAGCGCAAACUCAUAUAAUGCUUGGAACUGGCAACGGACAAAGUUUUAUGAUUGGAUUCGGAAAUAAUUAUCCCCACUACACACAUCACAGAGACAGUUCAUGCCCGGACCCGCCUCAAAAUUGUGGUUGGGAUUUCUUUCACGACUCUACGAUUCCAAAUACAAACGAAAUCAAAGGAGCAUUAGUAGGAGGUACAGAUCAGUUCGGGGUUUUCGAUGAUCACAGGGAGAAUAUUAAACUUAAUCAACCAAAUCUUUUAUACAAUGCUGCGUUUCAAUCAACACUUGCUGGAUUAAUUAUGUUCAAUGAUGGUGAGAUGGAAAGUUCUGGUGCUGGUUCAGGAUCUAUUUGGGAAACGGGAGAUCUAGAUUCUACUUCUUUGAGGAAGAUUUUUGCAGAUUCUGACAUCGAAUAUUUCUUCGACGCAUGCAUAUCCAAUCCGUGUCAGAAUGGAGGUGAAUGUAUAAAUACAGUAGACAUGAACUUUGAGUGCAUUUGCGAAGAAAAUACGUAUGGAACAUUGUGUGAAAAUAAACUGAAUCCGGAAAUAGAAUGGGUAUCUACGUGGCCCGAUGGUGCACAGGUUCACAUUCAUCUCCCAAGUAAAAUGUACGAAGGAAGAAAACAACUUCAUCUUAUAUUUCCGUCAGAUUGUCCAUUGGUUUUAGUUGAAGUCUGGCACACUUGUCUCGUUCCAUCAAUAUCUUCUUUAGCGGACAGAACAAUAGUCAUGCAACAAUUCGGAUGGCAAACAAACCAAAAAUUUCUUGGAAUAAAAUUCGAGAUCGCGAACCCGGAUUUUAUGCAAUCGUGUUUCAAGACCUCAAAUUUCAGAUUCAAAAUAUCAGAUCAAGAAAUUCCGAAUUCACCACUUUGUACAAAAUCAAUUCCAGAAGUCGACCUGUCCACUUCAACGACAACGGCAAAGCCAGUAUAUGAGACAAUCAAGCCUCUGAAAGAAGAUCGAAAUAUCGAUGGCAAUACAAUAUUUGAGGAAAAGGUGUUACCCACAAUACUUGCAGAGAAACGUGUACCAGAUGGAGAUUCUGUUGACAUUGUCGAUGAAUUGGGACUACUUCCAGCCGAUGAUGAGAUAUUCACGUGGGUAAAUCGUUGGACAUCUGGUGGUCAAGCUCAUAUCAACUUAAAACAUAUCAAGAUAGAUAACCCAGGGCCUUGGAUUCUCAGAUUUUUGAUUCCCUCGCAAUGCUCAUUAUCUAGUGCGCAAUUCUGGCAUGCAUGUGCUGUUCAAGAAAUGAGUAAUCCAAAGAAGGGAUUAUUCUCAUUUAAACAGGUGGGAUGGCAAAAUGAUCAUAAUUUUAUCGGAAUGACGUUACAUUUUACAACGGUUAUUCAUACAAUAGAUUGUUUUGAUACUUCUCAAUACCAUGUCGUAUAUGAAGAAUCUACAGUUGGAGCUAGUUUAAAUCCAAGCACUUGCAAAACUAAUUUUGAAAAAGAAGAUAUGAAAGCAGAAACAAGCAGAAAUUUGCCAAUACCGAGUUUCAAUGCCAUUACUAUCCCAAAUUCCAAUUAUGAGACAACACCAUCGCCAUCGCAAGACGAAAAACCAACGCCGUCGCCUUCAAAAUUACGAGGACUCUGGAUACGACGUGCUCGGCCGAUUCCACCACCUGAUCUUGCCAGUGUUAACCGACUGAGGGCAAAACCUGUGUCAUCCACAACAGUUCAAAUAUCGUGGAGAAAACGGAAGAAGAAUGUAAACAAAAUGAUACAGGUCGAAGUAGCACCCCAAAUCGAGAAUGAAGAAGAACAAGUAGAAGACGUAACGAAAGAUGAUUCAAAGAAAAAGUCAGCUUCUGUAGUCAAACUGAAGCAUGCAUCAUCAGCAGCUAAGAGGAAGUUUCCUGCAAAGCCGAGUAAAAUUGAUGUUUCAGGACAAAAACGAAAAAUAUAUGUUCGAAAUCUCCUUCCUGGAAAAACAUACAAUUUCACAGCUAGAGUCUGGGAUGGAGAAUUUUAUGGACCCGGUAGCACCAUCACCGUUACGUUAGCCCCAGCUGAUAUUCAGAAUAUUCGAACGACAAAUCCAGACAAAACAUCACUGCAUUUUAGAUGGCAAAAGCCUCUUGGUGAUCGCCAAAUGUAUGAAGUUACUUAUUUUCCUGAGACUUCGUCGUCGUUCCCCAAAUCUCCUUUUGAACUAUCCGGCGAGAGCACGGAAACUCAUGUCACAGGAUUGGAAGAAAAUACAGAAUAUAUUUUUUCAUUUGUAUCCAAAAGCGGGUUCAAAGUCAGCGAUGGGAAAUACGUAUUUGCAAAGACGGGCUCUCACAUUUGUAAACAAAGGGCCUGUCCUCAAAGUUCUGAAUGUACGCAGACCGAGGAUGGCUUCGAAUGUGUCUGCGACUUUGGAUACAAAAUGGUUGGAGGAAUUUGUCAAGAAAUAAAUGAAUGCGAAAUCAGAAGCAUAUGCAACGAAAAAGCUGAAUGUGUUAAUACAUUUGGAUCCUAUGAAUGCAGAUGCAAGUUUGGAUACCAUGGAGACGGAGUACAGUGUGUCGAUGUUGACGAAUGUUCAAUGAAAGGCAUCGAAGUUUGUCCCGGUGCUGAUUGUAAAAACACUGAGGGUUCAUAUGAAUGUACAUGCGAAGAAGGAUAUACUUACAAGGAGUCUUCGUGCCGUGAUGAUAAUGAAUGCGAGGUAGGAAUUUUUAAAUGUCCAGAAGAAUCGUCCUGUGUUAAUACGAAUGGAUCGUACACUUGUGAAUGCCCAAAAGGAAUGAAAUACAUUGAUAAUAUGUGUCAAGAUGUAAAUGAAUGUAUAGACAAAACACACAACUGUAAAAGGUCACAGAUCUGCAUAAAUACACGUGGAAGCUACAAAUGUCUUUGUAGAAAAGGAUUAACAAAGUCGAAAAGGGGAUGUAGAGAUUUGAAUGAAUGUAAGAUGAAUACGCACAAAUGUAGUAAAUAUGCAUCUUGUCGCAAUAAACGUGGUGGUUACAAGUGUUCGUGUAAACAAGGCUACGUUGGAAAUGGAGUAUUAUGCAAAGAUUUUGAUGAAUGCUUGCAACCUGACUCAAAUAAUUGUGACGAAAACAAUGGAAUUUGCUCCAACAUACCUGGCACCUACGUUUGUUCCUGCCAGGUUGGAUACACCGGAAAUGGCUCAAAAUGUUAUCCAAUAUUUUGAUGUUCAUCCCGUGAGGAGCUUAUGUUAUCAUCCAUAACAACGAAUUCACGCAUAUAGAUGAAUGCAUAUGGGGGAAUCGGAUCGCACAUCAUAGCACAGUUAAACACUGCAAAAGUAUUCGUACUUUUGCUAUUUUUGGAGCAGUUAAUUAAUCAAUAUUUCCUACUGUGUGGUGCGUCGUCAAUUGAGGUUUGAACCAGGUUUUUUCCUAUAUAUAUCGUUCUUGCAGUAAAACACUAUUAACGUGGAAUGGUAAUAAAAACAUGUUUCAAGAAAUAAGGAUUUAAGAUCUUCAAAAAUCAAUCGGUAAUUCAAUGGCAAAACGUCGUAAUGAAUUUUAUUUUCUUUAUGUUAUAUUCUUACCCCGCGUUAAUGACAGUGUUGAUUUGAGGUGAUUACAGUUCCGUAUUCGACCGCUUGCGAACAUUAUAUUGUUACUGGUUAUUAGGUCCCGUAAAUACUUCAAAUACAGCAAAUUCACGUGAUAGUUUGUCUGACCAGGCCAGCAUACAGCAAAAUAUUUACUCUGUUUUAUUUUUGAUUUCACAUUUUCAAAGUGAUCUUGUUUUUGUUUGUUUAUUAUAUUAUAUUAUCUUUUUAUAUCUUAUUAGUGAAAAAUGAAAAACUGAAAAAGAAAAAUUCAAUAAAAUUCUUCUAAUCAUAUCCUUUUGAUGAAAGAGUAGCUAUAGCACAGUUUUAAUUAUUUGCCGUUAUCAAAGACUGUUCAAUUAAAAUUGACUGAAAAUGUUCUUCGUAAAAUUUGCUAAAUAAUUCAUGGUGACUCAAACGGACGAAAUUAUAACGAAUGUAUAGAUAACUACUGCAACACACUACUGCAAAAGA